AUAAAAAUGACAGUUCAAUGACGUUUCUUCAUUUGUUGUGAAUGUGAUUUUUUCAAAUGAAAUAAUGUCUCUUAGAAAAGUGCUUUUUCUAACAAAAACUGCGUGUUGUAAGAUAUCGAAUCUGCGUUCUAAAAAUUAUUUAAGGCAGAAUGUAUGGCUACUUACCGCCAACUCACCCAAAUUGUACAGUACGGAAAAUUUAGAUAACAAAAAAGAGCAAGCUGAGAAGACAGACAUCCUGGGCCGGUUUUUCCCACAGAAUCCUCUGACUACGGAGGAUGCACAGGCCAUCAAGCAAGAGCAGGAGAAGUUCGAACAGGAGAACAAAGAGAAGUCAGAAGAACAUGAGAAGAGUUGGAGACGGAUGAAGAUGGGUUUCGCGGUAUUCGGCGGCGCCAUGACAGUGAUGGGCGGCUGCCUGGUGGUGGAGAUGGGCGCGCCUCGCCGCGGCGACGACGGACAGAUCAUCGAGGACGAGUUCUCAGACAUGCCCAUUGUGCUGCAGUAUCUACGCCGCACCUGGAAGGAACUUACCUUCUAUGAAAAGAUGAUAAAGGAGCCUUCCCGUGAGAAGCUACUGCCGGACCCGCUGCCGCCGCCGUACCAGCCCACCUACACCCUGGUGCUAGAGUUCACCGAUGUGCUGGUGCAUCCUGACUGGUCCUACCAGACUGGCUGGAGGUUCAAGAAGCGCCCUGGAGUAGACCAGUUCCUGCAAACUGUAGCGAGCUCCAACUAUGAAGUGGUGAUCUUCACUUCAGAGAAUGCAUUUAUGAUCUGGCCGGUGCUGGACAAGUUAGAUCCUGAGAAUAAGUUCAUUACCUACCGGCUCUUCAGGGAUUCAACGCAUUUCAUUGAUGGUGUCCAUGUUAAGAAUCUUGAGGGACUUAACCGGGAUCUAUCGAAGGUAAUCGUGAUUGACUGGAACAAACAAGCGACGAAGUUCCACCCGCAGAACUCGCUGAUCCUCAAGAAGUGGAAGGGAGCUGAUGACGACACCGCACUAUUAGACCUCGCCAAUCUGCUACAGACGAUAGCAAUGUCAGACGUGAUCGAUGUUCGCGAGGUUCUGACUUACUACAGUCAGUUCGAUGACCCCAUCGCCGCCUUCCGCGAGAACCAGCGCAAGCUGAUGGAGCAGCUCGAGGAGAAGGAGCGGGAGAACAAGGGGCCUGACCAGCCACUCACCAAGAGCUGGCUCCGGACCUUCACCAGGCGCUAGUACCAGUAGUUUUCGACGACGUACCCGAAGACUGAACGAAUACCUCGGCGGGACAUCUACUGACGCUAAAUGUUAAAAAGCUAAGCUUUAACAACUUUGCAUUUACAUGCAUUGUAAGUAGACUUGCUUAGUGCAACACUUAUUAAAUUGUUUGUAUGAAUGGUUUAUAGUUCCCAACUCGUUUCCGUGAAGACGUAAUUUUAAACUCUCUACUACAUAUUUGUACUUAUUCGGCGACGUUUAAAAUUACGUCGUCAUCAAUGUUCAUGAAUUAAUUUUAAUGUGUAUAUGUUUGUAUGUUGAUUUGAUGUAUGCAAGGUUGUUUGUAAAAACUCAGUCAUAUAGGUAGGAAAUAUAGUUGUUUAUAAAUAAA